AUGCAACGGGAGCCGGGGUUUGUCACUGGAGAACACGUGACCUUCAAGGAUGUGGCUGUGGUCUUCACAGAGGAAGAGCUGGCACCUUUGGACAAGGCCCAGUUGAACCUGUACCAAGAUGUGAUGCUGGAGAACCUCAGACACCUCAUCUUGGUGGGCGAGUAGCUGAACAUUAAAAACAACAUCUUGAAUCUUUGGGAAAAAGGGUUGAGUUACGUCUUACAAGAAGUGCUCCACUGCUGGCAGAUGUGGAAGCAAAAAGCCUGUGAAUUAAAUGUGAGUGUGGAUUACGUUGUGAAUCUUCAAGAAGUCUGCCCCCCAUACUUAGAAGGAGAUGUUUCCCUCUGGGAAGAGCGGGCAAGGGCAGCUCUUCAGGCUUCUGAAAAGGAAAACUAUGUAGUAAAUGCCUUUUAUGUAGGGAAACAAGAUGUCCCAGCUUGGGAGGGCUUGACACAAGCUCUUCCUGAAGAAUCUUGGAGGAAAGCCAACACAGAGACUGAGCUCCAGGGGACAGGAAAGAGAACUCCUGGGGAGGAGAAACUAUGGAGUGACUGUGAGAAAAACGUGGUUUUAAAAUCAACAGUCGAACAACACAAUGUGGUCCACGCAGGACUCCCAUCUGUUAUGGGCAAUAGCUGUGGGUUUAGAUUUAUGCAUGAUGCAAAUCCCCGUGUUCAUCACAGCACUCGAGGGGAAAAAUCUUGUAAAUGCGACCAGUGUGCAAAGAAUUUCAGUCAGAGUCCAGAUCUUGUUCCUUCCAGAACCCACGCUGGUGAGACACCUUGUGAAUGCCAUGAGUAAGAUGAGGGCUGCAAGCGGAGCUCAUGCCUUCCUAGAUACCAGCAAGACCCCUCAGGAGACAAGCCUUACAAAUGUAAAGAAUGCGGCAAGGGCUUUCAGCACAGCUCCUCUCCCCACAGCCACCACCUAGUGUAUACUGGCGAGAUGCCCUACAAAGGCGACGUGUGUGGGAAGGCAUUCAGGUUCCGGUCACUGCUUUGUGUUCCUCAGGGAGUACACACAGAAAAGCCCUACAGAUGUCAAGAGUGUGGGAAAGGCUUAGAUCAGAGCUCCAACCUUCUUGUCCACUGGAGCGUCCACACCAGAGAGAAACCCUACAAGUGCAGUAAGUGUGGCAAGUACUUUAGUUCAAGCUCUGUUCUUCAGGUCCACCGGAGGUUGCACAUGGGGGAGAAGCCUGGUAGGUGUGGGGAGUGUGGGAAGGGCUUCAACCAAAGUUCCCACCUUCACAUUCAUCAGAGGGUCCACACAGGAGAGAAGCCCUACGACGCAAUGUGUGCAGAAAGGAUUAUGCAUAUGGUUUGGUUCUUCACACUCAUCAGAGAGUUCACACGAGAGAAAAACCAUACAAAUGGGAAGCACGUGGUAAAGGCUUCAGCUAGAGCUCCUACUUUCACGUACAUCGAAGAGAUCACAGCAGAGAGAAACCCUAUAAAUGUGAUGGUAAGGGCUUCAGUCAGAAUUCAGAUCUAUGUUCAUCUCAGAGUCCACCCAGGAGAAAGGCCCUAUAAAUGUAAAGAAUGUGGCAAGGGCUUAAGUCACAACUGCUAUCUUUGUGCCCAUCAGAGAGCACAUGUAGAUGAAAUGCAAUAUCCAUGUCAUGAGCGUGGGAAGGGUUUUAGUUACAGCUCAAAACUUCUCACUCAUCAGAGACUGUACAAGAAGACAGAAAUAUUACAAACGUAG